AUGUCCUCUACCGCGCCUCCCGUCCUCCCGAUCUCCAACGCCCAACCCGUCGCUGCAGGAGGCCCUGGCGCCGUCGUGGGGUCCGACGCUCCGGCCAACAACCCCGCCUUCCGCGCCUUUAUCAACCACCUCUCCGCCUCUCUCCGCCACGGCCUCGAUCAGCGGCGCCCCUGGGCGGAGCUCGCGGAUCGCUCCGCGUUCGCCAAACCGGAAUCGUUCUCCGAAGCCACGCUCCGCGUGCGCAAAAACUUCUCCUACUUCCGCGUGAACUACUACGCCGUCGUUUCGCUGAUCCUCGCGAUCUCUCUCCUCACCAAUCCUUUUUCCCUUGUCCUACUUGCCGGCCUCCUCGCCUCCUGGACCUUCCUCUACCUCUUCCGCCCUUCCGACCAGCCUCUCGUCCUCCUCGGCCGAACCUUCUCCGAUUUUGAAACCCUAACCAUCCUCUCUGCGCUCACCGUCUUCGUCGUGUUCCUCACCAGCGUCGGCUCCGUCCUCGUCUCCGCUCUCAUGCUCGGCGUCGCCGCUGUUUGCCUCCAUGGCGCGUUCCGCGUGCCUGAGGAUCUGUUCCUCGACGAGCAGGACGCCUCACAGGCUACCGGAUUCCUCUCCUUCCUCCGCGGUCCCGCCACCGCCGCUGCCAUCCCAACCGUCACCACACGCGUCUGA